CUGUUGUUCUCGCGUCCUCAUUGUAACUGUGCAUCCGCUGCUGCUCUGUGCUGCUGAGUUUGACAACAACAACAAUAGCAGAGGAAACGCGAAUUUGUUUUAUAAUCGUAGGGUAAAGAGAAAACGAAUAAAGACGCGUCGACAAGAAAAAUCAGCGUUUCUUUUGAACCCGUCAGCCAACGUUAGGUCAUUCUUACCUGGUGGUCAACAACAAAAUGGGACGCAUCUUCUUGGAUCACAUUGGUGGGACUCGCCUGUUCUCCUGUGCCAACUGUGACACCAUUCUGACCAACCGAGCUGAGCUCAUCUCCACACGCUUCACUGGAGCAACCGGCCGCGCUUUCCUGUUCAACAAGGUUGUGAAUCUGCAGCACAGUGAGGUCCAAGACAGAGUCAUGCUGACAGGAAGACACAUGGUGCGGGACGUCAGCUGCAAGAACUGCAACAGCAAGCUGGGCUGGAUGUACGAGUUUGCCACAGAGGAGAGCCAGCGCUAUAAGGAGGGCCGUGUCAUCCUGGAGAGGGCCCUGGUGAGGGAGAGCGAAGGCUUUGAGCAUGUUCCCUCUGACAACUCCUGAGCUCACCUCUGUUGCCGGUUUGACGCUCAGUCCAUGCAUACUACAGCUUUUCCUCCAACAGCAGCAGCAACAGCAACAGCAGCGCAUGGACUUGCAUGGACAGUGUGCCAUUUGUGAAUAGCACUACACCAAAAUAAUAUCACAGGCUGGCUGUUUGUGGGAAGUUUAAAACAAGAAGUGGUGGAUAUUUCAUCCUGAGAAGAAAAAUACCAUUGCCUCUCCACCAUUUAAAACUACCUGCAUCCUCAGUAUGAGCACAACAGGCCGUGAUGUUUAUAAAAGUUGAUGGUGGGGUGAGAUUUUACCCGCUGUUGGACAGAUGCUGUCCUAUGGCCCCACAAGAAGCUCAGACAGAUGCAUUAUUGUGCAGGGAUUUGAAUAGCCAAGAGUUAUGAUGCUGAAGAGAAGACUGUUAGGUCUGAUAUAGUGAAAUCUCAUCUGUUUGCUUAAAGAGUUAUUUGUCACUAAGUAUCCUGCAAUACAUUCCUUUCUGGCAAGUGUUCAAUGUCAUAUGUAGGAAAUUCUUUGGUUAAAAAAAAAAAAAAAACUUUAAUAUUAGCUGUACCAGAGUGUUCUCCAGAAAAAAAGAACAUUAACUAAACUGAAUCUUAAAGUUUAAAGCUAAUGUCAAGCAUCAUUAUAACAUUGUUGAUGUUAUUAUCAACGAACCAGAUGUCACAUAUCAGUUAUGAGCCAUUAGGAGUUCGUAUACCCCUCCUUUAUUUUCACCUCAUGAUAAAUUAUAUGAAAGAUGAUCAAAGCAUGUUUAACAGUGAUGGAAAGUAAAAGCCAACUUUUGUCAGUUUCCCAGUGAUUUAUUUUCAGUUAUUCAAAUAUUUAGCCUGACUGGUGGCAAUUGGCAAAUUAUUUGAAUGGAAACUUAGAACUAUUUGUUAGACCGGUGGAACCAGCUUCACCCCUGCACUCAUCUUAAAGACUGGGAACCAGGAGCAAUGUGGCUCAAAAGUUUGACAUGAGCUGAAUUCAACACAAAUAAAUUGGAAAAAAAUUA